AUGAAGGAAACUACUGGAGAUGUGGAUACAAGGAAUGUGGUUAAGACUAGGGAGCUGCUUUAUCGAAUGAUGAUAAGCCAGCUGUACUACGAUGGAUUCCAGCCGAUAGCUGCAACUUUAUCUGCAGCCGUUCAUGCUGACCCACCGUGCCCACCGAGCGACAGGCUUCUGAACCUAAUGAUGGUGGGCCUACAACACGAGCCGGAUAGGAAGGACCGACUAGCUGCAUCGAGUGGGGCUGAGCAUCUACUUGGGACCACUGGUUUUGAUCUGGAGUUCGAAAUGGACGCAUCGUCGCUCGCCCCGGAACCGGCCACGUAUGAAACUGCGUACGUGACGUCACACAAGAUGUCAUGUCGUGCUGGAGCUUUCAGCUCUUGCGGGCAACUCGUUGCCACUGGUAGUGUCGACGCUAGUAUUAAGAUAUUGGAUGUGGAACGUAUGUUGGCAAAAUCAGCACCGGAAGAAGUGGAUCCCGGGAGAGAACAGCAGGGACAUCCGGUCAUUAGGACCCUAUAUGAUCAUACCGACGAAAUAACCGCCCUAGACUUCCACCCGCGGGAACAGAUACUAGUGUCCGCCUCCCGAGAUUGCUGCAUCAAACUAUUCGACAUCACGAAGGCAUCCGCAAAGAAGGCGUAUAAAUCUAUAACGGACGCGGAGCAAGUUCUAUGCGUGUCUUUCCACCCGCUUGGAGACCACGUCAUAGCGUCCACCACGCACCCGGUUAUCAGGCUGUAUGACGUCACCACGAGCCAGUGCUUCGUGUGCCCCAUACCCUCGCACCACCACAAGAAGCAGGUCAACUCGAUCAGGUUCUCGCCGAACGGUAAGUAUUUCGCUAGCGGCAGUGCGGACGGGUCGAUCAAGCUCUGGGACACAGUGUCCAACCGGUGUUUCAACACUUUUAUCAACGCGCACGAAGGUGCGGAAGUUUGCUCUGUCGCCUUCACGCGAAACAGCAAGUAUCUCUUAACUUCUGGGAUGGACUCAUCGAUCAAGCUUUGGGAACUAGCUAGCAGCAGAUGUCUUAUACAAUACACUGGUGCUGGAACCACGGGUAAACAAGAUAACAUUGCGCAAGCAAUUUUCAACCACACUGAAGACUACAUAAUGUUCCCCGAUGAAGCUACCACGUCUCUGUGUACAUGGCAUUCGCGUAGCGCGAGCCGGUGUCAGCUGAUGUCGUUGGGGCACAAUGGGGCAGUCAGACACAUUGUCCAUUCGGGCACGGCGCCAGCUUUUCUCACGUGCAGCGACGAUUACCGCGCAAGAUUUUGGUACAGACGAAAUACCCAUUAAAUAAAGAAUAACAUCAAGCGAUUAAAGUUCCCGAAAUUAAUUACUUAAAAUUAAAAUAACAAAUUAUA